AUGUCGUUCAGCACCGCCAGCCUCCGCGUGGCUCUGCCCCAGCAGGCCGCCACCCGGCCCAUCCGGUCUUACGUCGGGAUGGCCGCGCGGCCACUGGUGAUGAAGGCUGAGGUUGUCGCGACGCCCCUGCUGGGCGCGCCUAGCAACGGCGCGACGGUGUUCGCCAUGAGGCACGGGAAGCGGGUGGCGAAGCUCGGGCGACCGGCGGACCAGCGGAAGGCGCUCAUCCGCACGCUCACCACGGAGGUUCUGAGGCACGGAAGGAUCAAGACCACCGUGACGCGCGCGAAGGCCAUCCGGCCGUUCGUGGACAAGAUGAUCACGCUGUCCAAGCGCCAGACCCCGCACGCCAAGAUGCAAAUGAACGCCUUCCUGUACGACAAGGAGCUCGUCGACGCCGUCUUCGACGAGGCCGCGAAGAGGUAUGCGGACCGCAACGGCGGGUACUGCCGUGUGGUGCGGGACCUCCGGAACCGCCGCGGCGACAACGCGGAGAUGGCGUUCAUCGAGCUGGUGUAG